GAGACGAGGUAAGAAAGCUGCUGCUGCGGCUGAGGACCAGGUUUUGUGGUGCCACAGCAAGAUGAGCCGAUUUCUGAAUGUGCUCCGUAGCUGGCUAGUUAUGGUGUCCAUCAUUGCCAUGGGAAACACAUUGCAAAGCUUCAGAGAUCACAGCUUCCUCUCUGAGAAACUGUACACUGGCAAACCAAGCCUUGUAAAUGGUCUCCAGGCUCGGACCUUUGGUAUCUGGACCCUGCUGUCAUCUGUGAUUCGCUGCUACUGUGCCAUUGAUAUCCGAAACAAGACCCUGUAUAACAUCACACUUCUGACCUUCUUCAUUGCCCUGGGCCACUUCCUCUCUGAAGUCUUUAUCUAUGGCACAGCAGCUGCAACAAUUGGUGUCCUGGCACCGCUCAUGGUGGCAAGUUUCUCCAUCCUAGGCAUGCUUAUUGGGUUGCAGUACCUAGAAGUGGAAGCAGCAUCACAGAAUAAGAAACGGAACUGAAGCUACAUCUCCUGUACAUGUUGUGCAUCUGCCUUCCGGCCAUCUUCAAGAGUCCAUGAUCUUCAAGUGUUACAUUCCUGACUUUUCCUCCUCACUCUGUAGUCUAAUAAUCAGAUCAUUUUUGGCUUUGGACUUUUCCAUCAGUCAUCUCUUCAUUUUCAGUUGAUUUUGAUCUGAGCAGGCAACACUUGAUCUGUGACCAUUGGCCGAAGGCCAGACCUGAACAGCUGUUCCAAGCUAGAUAAGGGUUUCCCUGAUGGAGGCCACUGUCUUAAAGCAUCUUCAGUUUUGGUGGUGGAAAGGGACCUCUCCGUAAUCGUGCCAAGGACUGGUAAUAGAUUCUCUCUCUGGGGCAUCCAGCAUAGAAAAAAUGUAGUACUGCCAAAGAUCCACUGGAUAUUGUUCUAGAAAGACAGCACUAACUGUACUUUUGAUGGCACGUAGUAUGCCUGUAUGCAUGAUUUGUAAUAAACAAGGGA